CAGCUCCAUACAGCCCCGAUCUUCCUCGCAAACCCCAAGGCCCAAACCCCGCGACACGCCACCUGUUCGAUCAACUGCCUCAAGCGGCCGAACCAGGCCACCGCGCCGGAGACCGAUGAGCUUCCUCGCCGGCCGCCUCGCCGCCAAGGAGGGCUCUUACUUCCUCCAGGAGUCCAAGAACGCUGCGGGCCGCCUCGCGCAGAAGCUCCCCGCCCCAGGCUCCGCGCCCGGGCCGGCGUCGGCGUCCGCGCAGCCGUCGCCCGACGUGCUGCCGGAGAUUCUCCGCCACUCCGUGCCCAUCAAGGGCACUCCUCCUCCGGCCGAGCCCUCCCUCUCCGCGUCCUCCCGCUGGGCGCUCCCGCCGGGCGGCGGCGAGGUCGCAGGCGCGUCCCCCGACGCGCUCAACCCGCUCCGCUCCUACGUCUCGCUGCCGCAGGCCACCUUCGGCCCCAAAAGAUGGCAGCUUCCAAAUGAGCAGCCUCACUACUCAGUGUCAACAGCCAACGAGAGGCGUCGGGAUAGGAACCCACCUCCCAUGGAUCCUGAGAAAUUGAAGGCCGUAAUUGCUGGAUACUCACAGAUUGGGAAGGCAUUUGUUGCUGCGACUAUUUUGGUGUUCGGAGGAGCAACAGCUGUACUAUUGUACACAGCGGAUAAGCUACAGUUACAUUCAGUAAAUGACGUCAGGACUAAAGGAAAGGAUGCAGUGCGACCACAAGCUGAUAUGAUCAGAGAACAAAUAGCUCCAUUAAGAAGCUGGGCUGAAGAAAUGCGCAGAAAAUGGCAUUUUGAAGGAGAUAAAGAAAAAUCUAUCAUUGUUAGAGAGCUUUCAAGAGCACUGGGCGCUAGGACACCGCGAAACUGAUCAACAUUUAUGGUAGGCUGUCGUGAGUCCAUCGAUAUCAAGUUCUGCAAUUGUUGUACGCGUUACCUUUCCAGUAUGUUUGUGUAUAAGCAACGGACACGUGUUCAUAUAUAUUGAAUAAAGUACAGCCCCUUCUAUCUU